AUGUCUGGAACUGCUGAGAAAUCGUGGUCUAGCCCGGAUGAUCUCGAAUUCCAAAAAAAGUUCAAAGCCUUCCUCUUGCAACGCGCCAUAGAGUAUCAGGAAGCGCGGACGAGCCCCAAAACUGACCCCAUCGACGUCCCUCCCAGCGAGGAAUCCAUAUCCCUCCUUCUCAUCGACGUGCCUCCUAUCGACGUGCCUCCUAGCGAGGAACCCAUAUCCCUCCCUCCCGUCGGCGUCUCUCCCAGCGAGAAAACUACAUCCCUCCCUCCCAUCCACACCCUUAACAGCGAGGAACCUCCAUCCAUUCCUCCCGUCGGGGUUGUACAUGUCGGACCACCAGCAAAAUCCGAGUCCACCACCGCGACUACCGACAAGAAAGUCGACGAGGGAAACCUUGAGGCGAGACUCGGCAAAAAAAUCGACGAUGCUUUUGCGCUUCUCGACGAGCGCCUCGACAAAGAGUUCCAACUCCUUCACCACAUCAUGGUAGCCACUUGGGAGGGCGCUUAG